AUGGACCCCUACUCUGCUGAAGGCGAAUUGAUCAACAUCCACAACCACUUCCAUCAGGGCCAGUACCAGGACGUCAUCGACUACGAUACUUCUGCCCUGUCCCCCGAGAAUGAGCUUCCCGCCCGAGUUCUUGUCCUCCGCUCCCGCGUCGCCCUAGGCCAAUCCGAAGAUGUCCUCGCCGACGUGCAGGGAGAGAAGGAACCCGAAUUAGUCGCCAUUGGCGCCCUGGCUGAGAGUGCGCUUGGAAAGACGGAUUCUGCGGUCAAGACCAUCGAGAAGCUCGCCGCGUCCGAGGGAGAGAAUGUCACGGUCCAGAUCGUUGGAGGCACCGUCCUGCAGGCUGCAGGAAAGUCAGAGGAAGCGCUUGCGCUGUUGUCGCAACACCAGGGCAGUCUUGACGCCGUUGCCUUGAUCGUCCAAAUUCAUCUCCAGCAGAACCGAAACGACCUCGCCCUCAAGGAGGUCACUGCCGCCAGGAGGUGGGCGCAGGACAGUUUGCUGGUCAACUUGGCCGAGUCGUGGGUUGGUCUGAGACAGGGCGGAGACAAGUACCAGCAGGCUUUCUACGUAUUCGAGGAGCUUGCGCAGGCGCCGGCAACCUCGUCGAUUGCGACGCUCGUUUCCCAAGCUGUUGCAGAGCUGCACCUUGGACGCACAGAGGAGGCUCAGGCUGCUCUGGACCAGGCACUUUCGAAGAACUCAAACUACGCCGAGGCUAUUGCCAACCUGCUAGUGUUGACGGUGAUCUCGGGCAAGGACCCCAAGGAAUUCGCGGACAAGCUUAAGGCGGCGGACCCCAAGCACCAGUACCUGGUGGAUUUGGAGGAGAAGAGCGCGCUGUUCGACAAGGCGGCCACCAAGUACAGCGCCAAGGUGUCGGCAUAG